AUGAGACGAUUGUUCAGAAUCACCGGCGUCACAGUCAUGCCGAAUGUUGAACCAACAAAAGGUAUCGAUCUAUAUCGAAGCGGGUUCAUUUGGAGUAUUCUGUUAUUAGAGCAUCUAGUACACUCAAUAAAACAGGCAAUCCAUGAGACUACUUUCCAGCGAAGAGUACCCGAAAUGACACUUUCUGAUCUUAUCGUUUUCAUACGACCGAAGAGUGUAAUGUACGGAACCUACCAAAAACAUGAAACUCGUCGUCAGUCUGCAAAUCAACAAACGGAUAACGUGCUUCUUGAAUAG